AUGAUUAACCUUUCCAACAACUACAUCACUGAAUUUCAUCAGCAACCUCAAUUUCUCCCAUGGAAACGUUUAGAAGAAUUUAGCAUCGACAAUAAUCUGUUACAAGGGCAGCUACUAAUUCCACCACAGACCACAGUUGUUUAUAUUGCCUUAAGUAACAACCUGACAGGAGAAAUACCGCCAUUGAUAUGUGAAGUGAAAUCUCUUCGAGUCUUAGCUUUGGCGUUUAACAACAUGAGUGGAACUCUUCCUCCGUUUGUUGGUGUCAGAACAGAGUAUGAAAAGAUUCUAACCAUAUUCACGGCUAUUGAACUCUCUUGUAACCAUUUUGAAGGAGAAAUCCCACCAUCACUCCAAGAUCUUCGAGGCCAUGAAUCACUCAAUCUUUCCAACUAUCAUUUUAGUGGAUGUGUCUUGCCAUCUUUGGGGUUCCUAAAGAAUCUUGAAUUUGGAUCUUUCCCAAAACGAGCUAUCUGGAGAAAUUCCUCGGCAAUUGGUAAACUCAACUUUCUUUCCAUUUUCAAUAUGUCAUUCAACCAUCUUGAUGGGUGCAUACCAAAAGGGAAGCAAUUUGAUACAUUUGAGAAUGACUCCUACAUGGGCAAUCCACGAUUGUGCGGAGAACCUCUAUCCAAAGAAUGUCAAGGUUCAAAGGCGACAACGGUUCCACCAGUAAGCAGUAUGUAUGAGUCUGACUCUCUCCUCCCAAACAAAACAAUUGAUUGGAUCUUUGUAUUCUGUGGAGUUGGAAGUGGACUGGUUGUUGGGGUUGUUAUUGGAAACAUUUUAUAUGAAAGAUAUAAUGAUCGGUUCACAAAGAGGAGGGACAUAUGGGUGAGGUCACUUAGUUACACAAGGAAAUACCAAGGUACAAUUCCUUAG